AUGGGGGAGAGUGUGUCAAAACAACAACGUUGUGUCCCCUCAGAGGAGCAGCGUCGUCGUCGUCGUCGUCGUCGUGGCCGUCCCUGGACCCCAAGCAGCCGUUGUUUUUUCCGCCCCUCAUUGGGAAGGAAGGGGAGCCAUGGAGGAGGAGGAGGGCCCAUCCCUCCCCGAAGGGCCAAAGGGGGCCGGGGAGCGGGGCCUCCGAGCCGCCGUCCCUGGAGGGCCCGGACCCAGCCGAGGGGAGCCCCGGCCCCUUCCUUACCUUGCGCCUGGUGUGUCAAAAGCAGCCUCGGAGGAAGGAGGGCUGGGAAUGGAAACAGCCGGCAGCCAAGGAGGGAACGAGGGAGAAGGAGCUCUUCGGGAGGGAAGCGGAGGACGAGGGAGGAGGAGACACGGCCAGCGACGACGACGACGGCGGCGGAGGGAGGGAGGGAGGGAGGGAGCUGGGCCCGGGUUCCUCCGAAGCCCGAGGAGGAGGCAGCCCCAGUCCCCGCCUCAAGCGCCUUCCCUACGGCAAGAUGCGGCCCUGGGAUAACAUGGCUUUUAGACAAAGAUGAUGGGGAUGAUGAUGAUGAUGAUGAUGGAGGAGGAGGAGGGGAGGCCAAGGCAUCAAAGCCUGUCCUUAGAACUCACCAACGGAGGAAGUGGAAGCCAUGCAGAAAUAUCACUCAUAAGGAAAAGCUCACAUCCAGAAGUCAUACGAAAGUCAACUAUCUGCUGCUUACACUAUCAAACCUUCUAGGCAAGUGCAAAACAAAGAAUCCACAGAUGCAAGAGAGACAUUAUAGUGAUGGGUCAAGAGAAACAUCUCAAAUCUACCAUGAAACCACAUCUCACAUUAAUUGGCUUCGUGAUCCAUGCCCUCAUGGCUUAAAAUGUGAAUCCAAAGCACAAGUUCUUUCAGAAUAACUCUGAAAGGAAGCCAUAUUAAAAUGGUUGCAAACACAAAACAAAACAAAAGUGUGUUUGUAAAUAUCAAAGUAAUAAAAACUGCUCAAAACAGAGAAUUGAAUGUUUGCAGGGGGGGCAGGACCCUAUUUUGAUAAAGAGUAUUGGUACUUUAUUUGAACUAUGAAGACAUUCUUCUCUGUUAAGUUAAUACUAGGUUAUGUACUCUACAGGAUAUUGCAUUUGAGAGGAAACAAAAAUAGUAGAUUAGUAUGAAUGUGCCUUAGGGGGAAACUAUGCUUUUUCAUAGUUUGUAUUGCUGGUAGAUUGAACAUUGCACAUCACUUUAAAUUCUAGCUUUGUUGUUGUGUGCCUUCAACUCAUUUCCGACUUACGGUGACCCUAAGGCGAGCUUG